GUCAUUCCCAAGUACAGCAAGGGAGGCCAGAACGGCAAUUACCUCGCGUUCAUUCCAGGACCGCCGAGUUCGGCAGCCACCGCAUGUUUUCCGACGGCGGCUCACAAGCAGGCCUUGCUAGUCACCACCGAUCCAGGGACGAAGGCCGUCCUCACAGCCCACGUUCAUAAGCUCAAGACCGACGACGGCAUCACCUCCGAGAUGGCCACCACGCCCGAGAAGUCGGUACGCUCCUGCACCAAGGGGCAGGCCCUGUUCUCCGUCUCCUGGGAUGAGGAGUUCUUCAUGGGCUUGGACACGGUGGAGGUCAGUGACACGGAGAAGGCAAACCUCAAGCGGAUCGAGGCCGACCUCCGAUCCGUUCGCGACUCCGCGGGCAACGGGUCGUCCGAGGCCCAAGAGUGGCUCUCCAAGUGCCAGGACACGCAGGGCGCCAUCAUGCAGUGCGCGGCCAAGAAGCGCAAGGGCAACGACGGCAGCACCGCGGCAGGCGCCAGCGGGAGCGCAGCCGACGGAGGCGGCAGCGGCAGCGACCCGCGCGGCGAGGAGGCGCAGCCCACCACGGGCAAUGCCAGCAGCUCAGCCGCAGCGGGGCCCGCAGCCG